GAUUACCUAUGUAGCUAAUCUCAUUUUUACAUUAAACUGUGAUUUCAAUGUGGCGGAACAUAAACACAUGAAACGUUUUUCUCUGAAGAUUGAACUUCAACCAGUACUCGUGCAUCAGUGAAAACACUAACUAUGAUGCAAAAAUUUGCCUGUGCUUCCUGCAUUAUGCAGAGUUAUGUUCGCGGAUUGCGAGGGUAGCGUCUGUUCUGUCGACUUUGUCCAAACUAAACAGUGGAAAGUACAAUUUUGUUUUCUUUUUCAUGAACAGAAUCGAGGUUUUGAGGGCACACUGCCCUGUGAAAUGCGUUCGUUUACUUAGGCAUUAUUUCAGUGUCUACAGUUUUGAAUUAUGUAGUGUGGGUGAAUAGCUAAUGUUAUUAUAAAUUUAGAGAAUAGUCUGUUAUAACUACCAUACAGAUUCCCCUUUUCUGUUAAACAUGACAGAAAUUAUGGCCAGUGGUACUGUAGCUUCACCAGACUUUGAUUAUUUGUGUCGCCUAUGUGCUUCAAAAACAAGUGUCUUAAUGGGGCUUCAUAUAUUUGAACGUGAAGGAGAUUCAAGACAGAUAUUUAAGAAGAUUACAGCAUGUUUACCUGUUCAGGUUGCUCUGACAGAUAAACUUCCGAAAAUGGUGUGUGAGGAGUGUGUGUACAAACUGGAUUUACUCUUUGAGUUCAGGGAGAAAAGUGUCAAGACAGAGACAUAUCUAGAAAAUGUGUUAAAGACAAUUGAACAACAACUGCCUCUGAUUCCACCUCCACCUGCUGUUGAAGAUGCUUCAGAUUGUGCAGUAACUGAGUCGGCCCCUGCAGAAGUCGAACAGAUAAAGUCUAAUGACAACGUAAAGUGUGAACCUGAAGUUUUGAUCAAAGUGGAAGAUGUCAGUAAUAUUGUUGUCAGUAUGCCGGAGGGAGAAGAGAGUGACACGGACACAGAGACAGAUUCAGAGAGUGAAUCCGAGAGUGACAGUGAUGAUAACACAGGUGCAGAAGACAGUCACAAUGGGAGCUUGUCAGCGCUAGCUGAACCUCAUGGGCACCUGGAAAAUGAAAGCACGGUGGUGGUUCUUGGUUCUGGUGGGACAGAAGCAUCUACAAGCCACUUUGAAAAGAUAGAGAAUGAAGAUGGUGCUGGGAUUGAAGCCGGUGUAAAUUUCAUGAAUCCAGCUGCAAACGGACUCCUCAUGCUAUCGUGCUCGCAGGCCUCCGAAUAUCCUGACCAGGCAUCAUGGUUUUUUUGCCAUAUUUGUGGCAAGGCGUUCGCCAAGAGGGAAGAAUUCCAACUACACUAUGAAGAUCACUGCAACAAGUGUAAGGUGUGUGGAGCAUUGUUCACCAAUGAGGAAGCUUUAAAAGUUCACUGUAAGGAAAUGCACUUGCGCAAGCAUAAGUUGUCUGACAAGCCCAUCAUACUUGAAGAAAAGAAGGGGGUAAUGCGGAGAAAGAAGUGGGAACCCAAAGUGUGCCCUGAGUGUGGGAAGCAGUAUCGAACUAAUUACAAGUUAACAGAGCAUAUGCGGAAACACACAGGGGAGAAACCUUUCAAAUGUUCAACGUGUACAAAGGCAUUCAGAUCUAAAAUCGGGUUGGCACAGCAUGAGGCCAAGCAUACAGGUCAAUAUGAAUAUACUUGUAACACUUGUGGAAAAGGUUUUCAGUGCAAAUCCUAUCUCAUUGUUCACCAGCGUGUUCACAGUGAUCUGAAACCAUACCCAUGCACAACAUGUGGGCGUAACUUCAAGACUAAACAGUCUCUGCUGGAUCAUCAGAACCGACAUCUAGGGGUGAAGCCAUACCUGUGCGAGACCUGUGGACGGCGUUUUAUUACAAAGGGUUUGUGUAAGUCACACCAGCGAGUUCACUCAGGGACAGACAAUAAACAGUUCCCCUGCACAGUAUGCAACAAGAUGUUUGUAAGCAAGUCAUAUCUGGCCACACACCUGCGUAUUCACACCGGGGAGAAGCCCUUCAUGUGUGAGGUGUGUGGCAAGGGCUUCCUGACACGUGUUGACUUGCGUAUCCACUCCACCAUGCAUACUGGAGAGAAAAGUUUUGUGUGUGAAUGGUGUGGUAAAGCAUUUGCCAGACGUGAUGCCUUGCGCUGCCACAGGCGCAGUCAUACUGGUGAACGUCCAUAUCGUUGUGAGAUCUGUGGACAGAGCUUUACUCAAUUCUCACCACUUACUAUACAUAAGAGACUGCAUACUGGUGAGCGUCCCUACUCUUGUGACAUCUGUGAGAAAGCCUUCGUGUCUCGCUCAACGAUGAUGUCACACAGAAAGAAACACCAUACCUGAGGAAUACAAGUCACAGAUGUUAGGACACUGGACAGUUCUUGUGAUCUUGUCACAUCCGGUAUGUGCCCUAGCCUACCGUGAAGUGCAGGAGUUGUACCAGUGUCCUGUUUAGGGGUAAAUAAUAUCCCAGAAACAUCUGUGACUUUAGUUUCAUAUCAUAUUAUGUAACAGAACUACCACUGUCUGGUGUGUCUUGUGGUGAUACCCUGAAUUUUUUUAUCUAGUUUCUAAUGUAAAUAGGAUAUGAAAAUCACAACAAUUAGAUGCUGUGUGUUCAUAGAUUGAACUUCCCAUGCUGUGAACAUUUCCAUGACAGUAUGUAUAGACUGUUGAUUACCUUAGACCUUCAGUUUAAUGUUGCCAUAGUUUGUGUGUCUUCAAAUUAAAUGUAAUAUUUAAUAUUUGUUUUAUGUAGCAUAAAAAUCGUUUUAGGAACAUUUUGUGGUAGAUAUGUAGAGCAACAUCGGUAAUACCAUUUAUCAUCAUUUUGGAUAUUUUAUAGUCUGAAGAUUGUACAGAUUAUCACAUUUAGAAAUAGUUUUGAUUAUUUGACUGUUGCAUUUGGGUUGAACCUUGAAGCCUUAUAACAGAUACUACAUUAAUUUGUAAUUAUUGUUGCUGUGUCUUGUUUGAGAGACAUUAACAUUGAAGUAUUAAAUGCUGAAACAUUUAUUUUGGGUAGGUUUAUAGAUUGAAACAUUUAAAGUAGAUUAUUAGAGAAUGAAAAACAUUUUUACAAAAUUUUACAUUUACAAAGAUUUGUUUAACCUAAGUAGGGUAAACCACCCAGUUAUUGGCACUUUAAGCACAUUGAUUGAGAAAACAUAAUUUUGUCCAUUAGUUUUUUAAUUGAACUUUUGGUUAAAAUUACUAGAGUUUAAUGAGCAGUGAAACAAUAUAUUCUGCCAGUAACAGAGUGCAGCUGGCUGGAAAAAAGUUGUGAAUAAAAUGUAAGAAAAUCUCAGUUAUUGGCACACUUUCCCCAUUUAUUGGCAAUAAAAAUUCCAGGUAUUGGCACUGCGGAAAAUUGUACUUGAAACUUAGGUUUUAACAAAAGUAACUGAUGUUAAGUGUUCUUUGUAACAUUUGAGGAACUUAGAGCUAAUACAAUUUAGUUAUUAUUAAUUACAAAUAAUGAUAAUUAUAAUAAUAAUAAGUAGAGAAGUUUUAAAUAUCAGGAAAAGGUUAUUUCAAGCUUAUGAAGUGUAAGUCUACUUGAACGGAGUUAAAACUAAGUACAUUUUUGUGAUAAAAAUUUAACCUUUAAAAAUUCAUGUAUCAUAUUCAUCAGUGUCAUCUUCAACUGCAAAACAGAAAUGACACAUGAAAAGGUCAUCAUCAGAGUCAUUUGGAAUGUGGAUUUGGUUUUUCUUUUGGAUGCAUGUUUGGUGAUACAACUUUGUACAGUUUCUGCAUUCAAACAAUUUUUUUAAUAAUAGCCAGAGACAUUUUAUUUGUAAGAAUUUUAGAGGUUCAUAUGCUGUACACCUGAUGAUGGCUAACCAAAGCCAAAACAUGCUGUGAUACGUAAAUGAAUAUUUUAUCACCAACAUAUGGUCAUAUAUAAUAUUAAUGUAUAGACUAUGAAAAGUGAUAAAUAUAUCCAAAGGUGCAUUGACGGUAAUUACAUGAUUGUAUUCUUUGCUACCUUUGGAUAUUUACCUAACAUACUUUCAGCAGGUCUUUUACUAGAAUUUUCUAUUCUAGAUUUCUGAGAUGCUUGUUUCAGGAGUUUUUUCUCUUUCAACCUUUCUUUUAUCUUUCUCUUUCAGGGCUUCUUCUUUCAGUUUUUCUUUCUUGUCAUGGACUUCUUUCCACUUUCCUGAGGUCAAUACAAAUGGAAUUCUUUCAGUGUUCCUCCCCCCCCCCUUUUUUUUGGCAUUUCAAGCCAUACAAGAAUUUCAUUUAUGGGAUUCGCCUUAGUAGGUAUUACAUUACCUCUUGAAUUCACUUUUUGCUCUGCAUUACUUUCAUCGGGUAGAGAGCGAACUUGAGAUUGAAUCUCUUUAUUUUCUACAGGAUUAUCUGUACUUAAAUCUUUAGAGUCUGGUUGUCUGUUUCUAAUUUGUGCGUCCUCAUCCAAGCCAUUGCCUUGUUUGUUCAUUUCUUCUUGUCUCUGUUGAUAAUACUCCCACAGUCUGUAGAGAAAAAAGAAAUCCUCCCAAUGUUCUUUGCCUUCUACUAUUUGUUUUAUGUUUUUAAUUUUUCAAUUCGCCUUUCUCCCACAAUUCCACAGAAAUCAUCAUAUGGAAGUGGUUGUAUCCUCAAUGAUGGGAUGUUGACAUUGACUUUUGGACCAUUCUUCACAAUACACUUUGAGAAAUCCACAGCAUUGGCAUUCCAUGGAUAGAGACCUGUUGCCCUGAAACCAUUCUUAUCUGAGCGCUCCAAGUCAAUAUUUUUAAACAUGUCUUCAAGAAUAGGAGCAAAAUCCUCUUUUGUAACAGCCUUGUUUGGAUUUUGUGUUCGCCAAGAGAGGACUACAUCUUUCUCUUUUGAUAUCUGUUGCUUGAAUAUUUAAUUUUUGCACUUUACAAGCCUGAAGGCUGCCACAUUGGCUGGCUGCAGAAUUCUUGUAGAGUUUGGAUAGAGAGCAAUGAGAAAUAUGUGCAGUUCCUUGCACAGCACACUGAGAUGGUAGGUUAGGUGGGUUUUGUGGCCAUCUACGAACAAUACAACUGGCAAUGGAAUGUUGUUUUCCACAAGAUAAGGAUAAAAUACAUUCCCAAUAAACUUGAAAAAACUUCUGACUUCAUCCAUUCAUUGUUGCUUUGCCUAACACCCCACUUUUCUGGAACUCUGCGGAUGGUUUCCUGUAGAAUCCUUUGAAGAGGAUAUAUAAUCAUAGGGGGACAUGUCUUCCCAGAGGCUGAAAAAGUACACAUUACAGUAAGAGUUUCCUUUGCCUGACUAUGUUCUACUUCACACACAUUCUUAGAACCCGUGGGUGCAAGCACAAGGUAUUUUUUGGUCAUAACAUGAAGUUUGUUUCAUCACCAUUGAACACCCUUUCAGGAUCAGACAGGACAUCAAAGAUGUUCUCUUCUUUGAGAAUAUCCUCGUCUGACUCAAACCAUCCUUGUAUAUUUCCUUCGUUUACACAAGCACUAGCAACGGUGACUCCUGGAGUCCUGCUGGCAAUUUCAAGAUGUCAGCGAAGAACCUGUGGUAUCACUUAUUUCCAGGCAUAUUUUCUUUAAAUGGAUUUGGGCGAUCAUUUUGCUGGAGAAAUUCCUUAACACUUAACUGAAUGUCCUCCUUUCGUUGUGGAAAUCCCUUGCAAGCACAUUCAAAAAUCCACCUAGAAAAGGAAUGAAUGAAAAAGCUUUUAAAAGAGUAAUUCCUUUCAGUAUUUCCAUCGGCAUAAAUGUAUAAUUUCAAAAAUAUGUAUUAUUUUUUAUAAAUAAUAACCUAAUGAUAACCUCUUAAUAAUAAUAAUGACUAAUAAUUAUGUAUUAUGGAAUUGUUAUAACGCUUUAGCCUACGGCUAAAGCUGUUGUUACUAUACACUGAACAAGAGUGUUUUCUUCCUCUUCACUUAGUAUAGGAGCUGGCCCAUGUGCAGUUUUGGAAAAAAUUUUACUGCAACGAAACUGCAGUGUUGACCUCAGAACACCAUGUAAUUUUGCUGCUGUCUUAAAAGCCAUGCCUUUCUUCACUGCCUGAAUGGCUGCAUCAAGACGAGGCCCCAUCUUGGAUACAACUGAUGUCUAAUAACUAGGAUAAAAUCAAGAGUCAGAAAAUCUACUUGGAGAUGAAAGUUGAAAUUGGUGCCAGUAAUUGGCACACAUUUGUUCAGUUAUUGGCACCUAUGCCAAUAAUUGGCUACACUUGUUUAUAAGUAAUACAAUUUUGUUAUGCUAACAUAACAUUUGGGUCAUUUUUGUGUUAAUUCCAAACACACAAACCUCAAUAUUAAAAAUCCCAUUUAUUGGCACUUCAUGCCAUUAAAAGAAAUUACAAUUUUUUCAAUGCCAGUAAUUGGCAUGCCUUAAAAAUUGUGUUGAUUGAGGUUAGGAGUUUCAUAUUUCAUUAUAGCACUCACAAGAGUAUGCACAUAUUGAAUAUAUAUGCAUAAACAAUGUAAGUUAAUAGGUAUAUUAAUAAACAACAAUCAACUGAAUUAAUGUCCUUAACUUACUGCUAAGAAAUUGUUCAAAACCCCAACAAUAUGUGCAACACUUGACGUUCUGGAAGACAGUCAUUAAACAAAUUACGACUCGUGGCUGAAACAACUGACUCAUACUAAGCAAAAGCUGCUCGUUCCAGAUGUGUGUGAAAUAGAGUUGCCAACUGCUUACAUUGCUUAAUAUCGCAGUCUCAAUAACAGAGUGCCAAUAACUGGAGGGGUGCCAAUAAUAGGGCGUUUUACCCUAUGUUACUACACACUUUUUGCAUGUGUUACUUGACCCAAGGCCUGCUACCUGUUCUAGGGACAGUGUUGUGUGCAUGUCAUGUGCCAUGGACUGUUAACACCUCACAGUUAACUGUGAGCAUCCUUUGGUGUGGUCUGAUAUACGAAAAUCUGAAUUUUCUAUUCCAUUUUUUGUAAUUAUUAAUUGUGGAGUGGAUAGUAAAAUAUCUCUCCAUUGUUUUGCUAAUGAAAUUUCCUGUGCUGCUACACAACUGAUUGGUGCUCCUGUCUUGCAGAGGCAUGUGCUCCUGAAUGAAACUGAGGCACUUUUUAUCACAAAUAUGAUUGAUCCUUAUGUCUGUAAAAAGUCAGUGCGUGCAAACAAGUUUGGCGGAUUUUGUGGCUUCUGUUUUGAGUUGCUAUGACACAUGUUAAUAAUAACUGCUUGACAGUGGUGGUCACAUCGUCACAGGCCGGACUUGAUAAAGUUUAUUUAUUCCAAGAAACAAUAAAAUGUCAUUUCACAAAUGAGACUCAUUUGGGGGUUGCUGUGGAUGAUGGUUUAGAAAUGGUCCCCAUUCCAUGGGAGGCAUCCAAUUGACAUCAGCCUAUGGAUUCCCUCAGCAAAUAACUCCUUGGGCUAUGUAGGAUUAGAGAUUUUCACUGUGGUGAGUCUGAAGAUGUCUGUCUUCUAGGUUGUUGAGCCAUGUAGUCUGGUAGAAGUUUACCAACGUUUCAGAGGCCCUUGAUUCCUUCAUUAGCACGAUGAUGCAUCUCCCUGAUGAUGGCGGCAGCAAUGAUCUCUCAGACCCAGAAGACAGCCAUCUUUAAUAGAAGCUGUGUCUUGAAGUUUAUAUAGGUAAAAUGUCUGUAUAUGAGCUCUGAAACACUCAAUGGAAUGUUUUUGUUUCUUGACCAAUCUUUAAUUUAGUUGUGUCACAGGAUUGAGAAAUUAAAAUGUGUAAUAGAUAAACAGGUUGGGCACAGACUGCUAUUAUGGAUGCUAGAAUGAACUAGAAUGUUCCAUAAUAGACCUGUGCAUUGACUAGAUAAGCAAUUAUCGGCUUCUGAAACAAUGUCCUGCUCCAUGGUGUUGGUUAUAUGAAAUAAUUGCUUUAUGAUAUUCCUUGACCAUGAAGAUAAACCAUGGAAUUCAAUAGGAUAUGUAGUUUCUGAUGAUGCGAUAUUAUUGGCGAAUAAAUUUUAGCAGGGGAAUUAAGGAAGGA